UUGGACUGAUGCUUUAAUGACAUGUCAACGUUAUACUGGAAAUUUGCUUAGUGUAGCUGAUUCAGAAGAAAACGUAUUUGUUGUAAAACAACUUAACAAUGAUAAAAAUCGCUACUGGAUUGGUCUAAAUGAUAUUCAGAAUAAUGGCAAUUAUGAGUGGUCAGAUAAUGCAAGUUUACUCUUCUUCAAUUGGAAAAUUAAUUCACCAAACAAUCAGAUUAACAAGGACUGUUUGGAAAUAACAUCAGAGGGUUGGAUUAAUAACUUUUGCAAUCUUUCAUUAGGAUUUAUUUGCAAAGUUAAAAUUGUUUACAUAGAUCAACUGACAAAUAGUUUGAUGCAAGGAAUGACUGACAAUGAGGUAGAAUAUGCAACGAUUGCUGUUCAAAUUUUUAUAAUCCUUGAUUAUGGUGUGCCACAUGCAAAUAUAGCUGACUCAGUUGAACUUUAUGAAUAG